CAUUGGCACCAGCGGAUGACACAAACACACACACACACACACACACACACGCGCGCGCGCUCUCUCUCUCUCUCUCUCCAGCGUCGUUCCUGUCCGAGGAACAACACACCGCGCGUCUCGUCUCGGGUUGGUUCUAACCUGCCGAGCCUCGCAAAUGUCGAAGCCCCCUCCCAAGCCGGCCAAGCCAGGCCAAGUCAAGGUGUUCCGAGCAUUGUUCACCUUUGACCCCAGAACGCCGGACGAGCUAUACUUUGAAGAAGGUGACGUCUUGUACAUCUCUGACAUAAGUGACACUAACUGGUGGAAGGGGACAUGCAGAGGAAGGACUGGACUAAUUCCAAGUAACUAUGUGGCUGAGCAGGCAGAGUCGAUUGACAAUCCAAUGCACGAAGCAGCCAAACGAGGAAAUUUGUACUGGCUAAGGGAGUGUGUGGAGAACAAUGUCGGAACAAAUGGGCUGGAUAAAGCAGGAAACACUGCCCUCUACUGGGGAUGCCACGGAGGACACAAAGACGUGGUGGAGCUGUUGCUAACUCAGGCCAAUGUGGAGCUCAAUCAGCAGAAUAAACUUGGGGACACCCCUCUGCAUGCUGCCGCCUGGAAGGGCUACUCUGACAUUGUGGAAAUGUUGCUGAACAAGAAUGCGAGGACAGACAUCAGGAACAACGAGAACAAGCUGGCUCUGGAGAUGGCCACCAACGCCCAGUGUGCCACACUUCUCAAAAGGAAGCAGGGAAGCAAUGUCACCCGCACACACAGCAACGCUGAGGAGUAUUUGGACGACGAGGAUUCGGACUAAGCUCGCCCCCGAUGAAACAUUGCCACCGUCUUCCAUCUGUCAUAAGUGGACCUUGGAGAGUUUUAUUACAGACCCCCAAAAACUGGAUUUGCUGCUCUGUCUUCAACUGUAAUUCCAUUUGAGCUCUAUUAAUUUGUACGAACACCUCAGUUCACCGCCCUCGGCGUCACAUCAGCGUAAAUGUCAAAGCGUUGAAUUAAUGCGGUUUCACAGUUUGCCCGCUUUUUCCAAGCUCAUUUCCACGUGUGAGGAAUUUGUCUCGGAGCAUCCGUGGCACACGGUGGGCUGAGGGCAGAAUAUACAGUGUGUGUAGUAAGCAGAAAAAGGGACCAAUGCUCUUGGGAGCACAUUCUGAGCGUAUGCAGAUUACGAUUAACCCAUUUACACGGAGAAUUAAAGUGCCAGUGCAGAUUAAAAGAUGGAUGAGAUCUGUUGUUUUGUAAGUUUCCAAACUCCACUUAGAUAACCGAACUACAGAUUCACCGUAAAGGAAUUGGAAACAAUCGUUUUGCAGUUUAUUUACAUUUGGCAUAGUUUAUAUCUAUGCAUGCGCAUUGAUGAGGCGAAGGAAACAAGUGUAAAAAUUUGCCUCAUGAGACAUUUCCCUGUGUUUUGUACUCAAAUGUCGUGUGUCACUAAAUGUGCAUGAAUGACCCCUAAUAGGGGCCAUUUAUGGCAAUAAUCCUCCUUCACAAUGCCAUGAAAAGUCACCUUUCACUGUUUGUGCUGCAUGUAUUUUGGUCUGUGUUAUAACAUUUCCACUGCUGUUACACAUCUAGCAGUUCAGCAUAACAAAAAAAAAAGAAUCUAUGUCCUGGGUUACACAUUAAGUCUUUCGUCUUUCAAGCUUUUGAUGGUUUGAUUUCCAUCCUGGGAGCAAUUUUCUGGUUUCAAUGCUGCUUUCCUACAAAUUCUAUUAAAAAAAAGAGUGCCUUAAA